UUCAGAUGCAAAACUUCCUGAGCUGCCUUUCCUGUCUCUUCAGGACCCACCUUUCCCUCCGGGAGACAGUUGUAAACGACUAGCAAAUACACUGAUUACCGCUGGCUUCAGUUUGCGGUUUUUUUUCCAGGUAGCCAUGCCUUGAUCAAUGCUUGAAUCCAGUUCAGCGGUGCCUCUCCCGUGUUCUCACGGCUCUCCGACACCGCUGCCUUCGCAGUAGUGGGCUUAGACGCCGUGGUAGUUCGGGGUGGGAGUGGCGGGCCUCUCCGUGCCCCUGAAGCAUGUGGGGGUGUCUGCUCUGCCCGUGUGCGAGGUUAACCCUGCUUUCAAACGGAGCACCUGUUCUAAAUGGUUAAAAGCAGUUUAGUAAGUGCCAGAUGAUUCACCGUGUUUUUUCUAAUUUGUGUCUUAUCCUCCUACCCGACGGUAUCUCUUUUCUCGUCUUGGGCCUGAACUGUGUAAUCUUCCGUCACUUAGACCUUCCAGUUUGCUUUUUACGAGUCUGGCGUGCCCCUCGUUUCUAGUUAAUUUCCCCUAGUUACCCCGCCCGCCCUCGUGGCCCCUCUCUUCCGCCUUCUGAGCCUUUCCUUAACCUCCUGUGGCUGAGAGCCAGAGCUGUGCUUUCUCUUAAAUCGGCGCUGGGCCUUACCCUCCGUGUGCCUGUCCCACUCCUGUGUAGCACCGCCAGGAAGCAGAGGAGCAAGAUGGGGAGAAGAAACGGAGACAGCAGCGGCACCAGCCUGCGCGCGGCCCGCAGCUCCGGGGAGAACUUAUCUCACUGGAAUUUGGAUGCAGAAGUGCCUGUUCCUGAAAAUAAAAACCUCCUGCCCGGAAGGGACAGUGCCGUAGGUGGCAAAAUUAACAAGAAUGGUAAACAAGGGGUAUUCCAGUUAUGGAGUUUUCCUCUUGACGGAAGAAGCAUCACGGAGAACAGGGAUUUCAGAAGAUCUUCGAUGGAGACAGGCUAUCACGUGACCAGUAGUCCCACAAUGCUGCUCGCCGAGAGCCACUCCCGAGCAGCUGCCUCGGUGGGCCAGCGGGUGAGGCCUGCCCUGCCCUGCUGGCCGCACGCCGACGGAGACUUUUGCAAGGACAGAAACGAGCCUCAGGUGAAUUUAUGCUCAGCUGUAGAAAACAACAGUGGGGACAUUUUAACUGCUCCAACUUGGAAUUUGAAGUGUGGAAGCAGCAGUGUGAAGGAAAAUUUAACAGAUGAAAGCGACUUAUCAGAAAAUGAGAAAGCAAACAAAACUUUACUCAGCUAUUUUAAAAAGAUGGACCUUAAUUUAAAGCCAGAAACAAUAGAAAAUGUUGACGACUUUUUCACCGAAGAGCCGAGCGAAGCGUUCCCAUAUCCUGCCCUGCUGCCCCCGCCUUUCGGCGCCCUGGACCUGCACAGGUUAGCCUUCUCCAGGUCUGCAAACUGGACAAUGACAGCGGUGCUUCCGGAAAGCUCCCUGGAGCCUUUGAUAACUCGGUUACUGGAAAUGGAACGACUGCAGCAUGUGACAAUUCAAAAAGAAAGGCCGAGACUGCAGACCCCGCCCUGCACUCCCGGAGCCCCUGAAAGACCCUCUUCUGAACCCGUUCCCAAAACGAGGCAGCCCAGGCUUUCUGACUCUUUGAGUCUUCAGACAAUUUGUGCAGAUAAAAGUCACGAAAAAAGGAAGAGCGAUCCUGGUUCUUGUAAGCUUGAGCGCAGCACAUCCAGGUGGGACUGGAGCAGUGCUGGCAGGUACAGGUGGGGUUCUAGACCAUCUCUGAAAAGCUCCUCCACCACAAAGCAAGUGAUGGCCACUUACGACGACUCUAAGAACCCCAGAAGUGCCACUUUAAACCCAGGCCAAGAGCUCUCAGCCAAGCCUGCUCCUGCCCGGGCAGCUCAACUGCUGGUUAAAAUGGUCCCAACCCGAUGUCUGCCACCAAAGUCUCCUAUACCAGUUGCACCUAUAUCUCUGUCUUUUCCCGAAAAUGAGAGGGAAGGAGCUAAGGUACCAAGGACCAAAAAGAAACUUUACCGAAAAAACGUGGUGUUGAACAAACCAUUCUGUGUUCAGAAGCUAAACUGUCUGUCGUCUUCGUUGAUAGCGAAGGACAAGUGCUCACCCAUUGACCAGAAAUAACUCUUUUCUUCCCUGUGUCUCAACGUGAGCAGGUCUACUCCAGGAAGCCCGGCUGAAGCAUGGUCCCUCACCCUGAGCUACGGGCCAGAAACACCCAUGCCCUCCACGCGGUUCCUGGCUGCGCCAGGGAGUAGAACUUGAGACCCAGCUGAGAUGUCUACAGGGAAACCCGGGGGCUUCCCUGCCGACCCCGUGGACAGCCUCCCACAGGUUACGUUUCAAAGGUGGUUUCACUGAGACUAGUAAAGAUGGUCCUUUUGCCGUGAUUGUUUUCCCGUAUAAUUCCAUCAAUAAAUGGUGCCGUCGACUUAACUGCUGGUACAAGACCCCUUUAUUCUGCUCUGUUAUACAGCAUGAGAGUCGGUGUUUUUUUUUUUUUAAAUUGAAGCAUAGUUGAUUUGCAACAUU